AAGACCUGAAACACCUCGGCGCUCCGACCCCCAAGUUCUCCUCCACCGCCCCCUCCGCACGGCACCCCUGCUCACCUUCUCAGCCCGCCCACCCCCUUCUCGGUGCAGUGGUGGCCGGUGGCCGCAGCCUGCCGGUUGGUCCCUAGACCUCCCUGCUCCUGCUGCUGCUCCUGCUCCUCCUCCCGGCUCUCGCUCGCCUCCUCUCCCAGUCGGGGCGCCCAGACUUGGCGAAACGCAGCACCUGCCACCCGCAGCGCUGCGCUCCCGGCUCUGUGUCGCCGCAGCCCAGGGGGCACCGGCGCGGGCCAAGCACCCUCCAGGGGCAGCGCUCGGCGGACCCCAGAGCCAGGUGCUGCGAGAAGUGGUGCUUUGAUAAAGCUCGGGAGAAAAAGAGGGUUCGGAGUGAGACUCCUGGAGCCAGCGGGACGCGCCAGUUCGCCCAGUGCGGCGCGGCCGCACGCACCGUCCACCAGGAACCCUCCAUCCAGAAGAAAUGCUGUGGCACUUCCCUUUACCCAUACAAAAAAGAACACAAGAGACUACAUAGCUGAAGAAACUAAAGCCUCCUUACAAAUGAGACACAUUCAAGUCUAAGUAGUUUCCAGCUGAAGGAAAUUAACCAAGAGCUUCUCCACAGUGCCGAAGGAACAGGGAAAACAUGAACACCACUAACUGCACCACAGAAGCCAGUGCGGCCGUGAGACCCAAGACCGUCACUGAGAAGAUGCUCAUUUCUGUGGCUCUGGUGGUCAUCACCACCCUGACUGUGUUGCUGAACUUGGCUGUGAUCAUGGCCAUCUGCACCACCAAGAAGCUCCACCAGCCUGCCAAUUACCUGAUCUGCUCUCUGGCUGUGACGGACCUCCUGGUGGCAGUGUUGGUCAUGCCCCUGAGCAUCAUGUACAUUGUCAUGGACAGCUGGAAGCUAGGGUACUUCAUCUGCGAGGUGUGGCUGAGUGUGGACAUGACCUGCUGCACCUGCUCCAUCCUGCAUCUCUGCGUGAUUGCCUUGGACAGGUACUGGGCCAUCACCAAUGCCAUUGAGUAUGCCAGGAAGAGGACCGCCAAGAGAGCUGGACUGAUGAUCCUCACCGUCUGGGCCAUCUCCAUCUUCAUCUCCAUGCCCCCUCUGUUCUGGCGGAGUCACCGCCAGCUCAGCCCGCCCCCCAGUCAGUGCACCAUUCAACAUGACCACGUCAUCUACACCAUUUACUCCACACUUGGGGCAUUUUAUAUCCCCUUGACUUUGAUACUGAUUCUCUAUUACCGGAUUUACCAUGCGGCCAAGAGCCUUUACCAGAAGAGAGGAUCAAGCCGGCACCUAAGCAGCAGAAGCACAGAUAGCCAAAAUUCUUUUGCGAGUUGUAAACUCACACAGACUUUCUGCGUGUCUGACUUCUCAACCUCAGACCCUACCACAGAGUUUGAAAAGAUCCACACCUCCAUCAGGAUCUCUUCCUUCGACAAUGAUCUAGAUCACCCAGGAGAACGCCAGCAGAUCUCUAGUACCAGGGAGCGCAAGGCGGCACGCAUCCUGGGACUGAUUUUGGGUGCAUUCAUUUUGUCAUGGCUGCCAUUUUUCAUCAAAGAGUUGAUUGUCGGUCUCAGUGUCUAUACAGUGUCCUCUGAAGUGGCUGAUUUUUUGACAUGGCUCGGUUAUGUUAAUUCUCUUAUCAACCCUCUGCUCUACACAAGCUUUAAUGAGGACUUUAAGCUGGCUUUUAAAAAGCUCAUUAGAUGUCGAGAACAUAAUUAGAUUGUAAAAAGCCAAGAGGCAUGAUUUUUACCAGCUCUGUGAGUGGAUGGGGGAAAGGGUGCACCUCAUUAAUUCUUGAACACACUUGGUUCAGGAAAUUUGUAAGUAUGUGUGGUCCUGUUUUUUGUUUUGCUCUGUUUUGUUUGAGGUGUGUUAUUUGGUGUGCUGUUUUCUACCUCUGGUCUUAUUUGUGGCACAUAAUUUCAAAUAAAUAUUAUCAUACAAAAACAGAAAUUUCAUAGAAGUAAUAAUAAGGUAAAAUAGAAACUACCUUUUUUAGCCAUUUAA